AGAACUAACAUGUUAAGAGACCGCUGAAAAUCAUGUAAGUUUCAGAGAAACACAUCCAAGUACGGAGUUAAAUACUCCUUUUGCUUUAAUUCAUACGUAUUCUCUCCUUGUACAUGAAAACAGAACAAAGUUUUCUCUCACUCACUCACUUUUUUGUCUCAAAAUAAUCAUUGCUCAAAAUCAAUAUAUUUAAGAAAAAAAAGUUUUAAAAAAUGACAGAACGUACAAACGCUGGUAUUAUUCAGGUUGGUGAAGAGCGUUGGAUUCCUGGAUCUCAACGUGCGGACGGCUCUUAUCGUAAAGAACGUAAAGUAAGACCUGGUUUUGUGCCUCAAGAAGACGUCCAACGCUAUUCAAACUCUCGUCUCGAAGCAGCAAAGCAACCCAGUCACCCACCUGGUUAUAAGGCACCUGUUCCAGGUUCUGUUAAGAAAGAAGUAUCUGCUGUUCAAAAGAAACCAGUUCAACAAACACCACCUGCAGCAGACCAACCCAAAGAAAAGAAAAUCAAGGCUUUGAAUAAGAAGCUUCGACAAAUUGUCGAAUUAGAGCAAAAGCUGAUCAAGGGAGAGACAUUAAAUGAAGAACAGCAUGAAAAGAUCAAGAAAGGAAAGGCGAUAAGAAAGGAAUUGGCUGAAUUAGAAGCAUAACGUUUUUUCAUACUAAAUAAAAAUAGAAUCAAUUUAAACAUGCUAUUUAUAUAUCAAAGAAAGGCACGAUUGAAUAUUCGAAAUACGGAAGAAAGCGAGUUAUGGCUUCUUG